CCGGAUCCAAGCGCGGGGAAUGAGAUUAUUAGUUUCAAUUCAAUUAGAAGGCUUCCGUGUUUUGUUUAUUUCUUUCUUUUGUUACCAAAUCUGUGAGGUUUUAGAAUUCAAAACCCUAGCUUUCGCUCUUCGAAUUCGAAUGGCAAACCUCCCAAUUCUUCAAUUCGAAGACAAGAUACUGGAAACCGUCAAUCAAAACCCCGUGGUCGUCAUUAUCGGAGAGACCGGUUCAGGAAAAAGCACUCAACUCUCUCAAAUCUUACACAGAAGCGGCUACACUAAAUCCGGAGCCAUCGCCGUCACCCAGCCCCGCCGUGUCGCCGCCGUAUCCGUUUCCAGGAGGGUUGCACAGGAGCUUGAUGUCCGGUUAGGUGAUGAAGUUGGUUAUGCCAUUAGAUUUGAGGACAGGACUUCAGAGAGAACUUGUAUUAAGUAUCUUACUGAUGGAGUACUUCUUCGCGAAAGUCUUUCCGACCCGGAGCUUAAACAAUAUUCGGUGAUUAUACUGGAUGAAGCUCAUGAAAGGAGUCUAAACACGGAUAUAUUGAUGGGGUUGAUGAAGCGGUUGAUUAGACUGCGUGCCUCCAAUUUGAAAGUGUUGAUCACUUCGGCUACACUUGAUGGUGAAAAGGUGUCCAAAUUUUUCUCUGACUGCCCAAUUUUGAAUGUUCCUGGGAAGUUGUACCCCGUAGAAAUAUCAUAUAGUUCAGAGCAACCCAAAAGUUAUAUCGAGUCUUCUUUGAGAAAAGCUAUCGACAUACACGUUAAUGAACCUGAAGGGGACAUUUUGAUAUUUAUGACUGGACAGGAUGACAUAGAGAAAUUGGUAUCUAAAUUGGAAGAAAAAAUUCAAAGCCUCGAGGUAGGAUCUUGUAUGGAUGCAUUAGUCCUUCCGCUCCACGGCUCUUUGCCACCUGAAAUGCAGGUGCGAGUAUUUAGUCCUCCACCUCCAAAUUGUCGGCGUUUUAUUGUGGCUACAAACAUUGCUGAAACCUCUUUGACUGUUGAUGGUGUUGUGUAUGUCAUUGACUCUGGUUACGUGAAGCAACGACAGUAUAAUCCAUCAACUGGAAUGUAUUCCCUUGAUGUUGUUCAGAUUAGCAGGGUGCAAGCCAACCAACGAGCGGGACGAGCUGGGAGAACGAGACCUGGGAAGUGUUAUCGUUUAUACCCAUUGGCUGUUUAUCAUGACAAUUUGCUAGAUGCUACGGUGCCUGAAAUACAACGGUCUUCUCUAGCUGGAAGUGUUCUUUAUUUGAAAUCACUUGACCUUCCCGAUAUUGAUAUUCUUAAAUUUGAUUUUCUUGAUUCACCUUCACUUGAGUCUUUACAAGAUGCUCUUAAACAAUUGUUUCUGAUUGAUGCUAUAGAUGAAAAUGGCACCAUCACGAGAAUAGGAAAAACUAUGUCAGAGCUUCCUUUGGAACCUUCACUAGCAAGGACUUUGAUCGAGGCAAAUGAGUACGAUUGUUUGACCCAAGCUUUGACUGUAGCUGCUAUGUUAUCGGUUGAAGGUACAUUGCUUCCUGGACGAAGUAAAAGCAGUAAAAGCACUGAGAAGAAGAGGAAGCAUCCUCCUUCAGAGCUUCCGGAUGGUUCAGGAUGGGGUGAUCACAUUCAGUUACUUCAAAUUUACGAGCUCUGGGACCAAACUGACUAUAGUAUUGACUGGUGCAAAGAUAACAACUUACAGGUACGGGGGAUGCUGUUCGCCAAAGAUGUCCGUAAACAGCUGUCUCAGAUAAUGCAGAAGAUUGCAAAAGGGAGCUUGGAUGUAAGAAGAAAGGAAAGACGGAGAGAUAGAGAACAUGAUUAUAAGAAUUUGAGGAAGUCUCUGUGUGUUGGCUAUGCAAGCCAGCUGGCGGAAAGGUCCAUUCGUCAUAACGGUUAUAAAACUCUUGGCUUCAAGUCUCAGCUUGUUCAGGUGCAUCCUUCUUCUGUAUUGCGGGAAGAUGAGGAAGGAAUGCUUCCAAAUUAUGUCGUAUACCAUGAACUUAUUUCUACUUCACGCGCAUUUAUGCGUAAUGUUUGUGAAGUAGAGAUGCAAUGGGUUACCCCAAUAUUGCAGAAGCUUGAGAAACUAAAUGUCAACAAACUCAGUGGUGGAUCCAACCAGCCCGUGGAGAACACACAAGAGGACCAGAAUAUUCCCAAGAAAGAGGGACUCACUGAUGACUCCAGCAGUAGAAUACAAGCAGCUCGGGACCGGUUUCUUGCCCGUAAAGCAAAUAAAUAGAAACUUUUGGUACCCUCAUUUAUGGCAACUGUCAAAUUUAACCCCCAAAAUGCAGAGUACAGAAACAUGCAUUUUGUAAUAGAGAAUUUUUUAAUCUAUUGGAGACUCAAUACUGACAUGUAAAUUUCUUCUAUAGGGUUGUUUUGGUAGUUAUACUAAACUAUGUCCCAACAUCAUAGUUGUAAUUUUUUAAUGUGGUAAUUUGACCAUGACA